UUAUCACCGCGGCGUCUCAUAGGCUGGUCGCCCGCGUUAUUCCUGCCCCUUGAUCUCGGUCGCUGAUACGGUGGGUUAAGAGGUACAUACAAAGAGGAACGGCGAUGGCUCUUCGGGGGCUUUCAAGUGCAGUCAGGAUGUCCAUCACUAAGAUUCACGCCCGUGAGAUCCUCGAUUCCAGAGGAAACCCUACUGUGGAGGUUGAUCUCUACACAAAUAAAGGAUGUUUCAGAGCUGCUGUCCCCAGUGGCGCUUCCACAGGCAUCCAUGAGGCCCUGGAGCUGAGAGAUGGGGAUAAGAGCCGCUACCUGGGCAAAGGUGUGCAGAAAGCCGUUGACCAUGUCAACAAGGACAUCGCACCUGUCCUUCUAGAGAAGAAGCUGAGUGUGGUUGAGCAGGAGAAAAUUGACAAGCUCAUGCUGGAGCUGGACGGCACUGAGAACAAAUCUCGCUUUGGCGCUAACGCCAUCCUGGGCGUGUCGCUGGCCGUGUGCAAGGCUGGCGCAGCGGAGAAGGGCGUGCCCCUGUACCGCCACAUCGCCGACCUGGCGGGACACAAGGACGUGAUCCUGCCUGUGCCGGCCUUUAAUGUGAUCAACGGAGGCUCCCACGCCGGGAACAAGCUGGCCAUGCAGGAGUUCAUGAUCCUGCCCGUCGGCGCUGCCAACUUCCACGAGGCCAUGCGCAUAGGCGCCGAGGUCUACCACAACCUGAAGAGCGUCAUCAAGGCCAAGUAUGGCAAGGAUGCCACCAACGUGGGCGAUGAGGGCGGCUUCGCACCCAACAUCGUGGAGAACGACGAGGCUCUGGAGCUCUUGAAGGCCGCUGUUCAGAAGGCCGGCUAUCCAGACAAGAUCGUCAUCGGUAUGGAUGUGGCAGCAUCGGAGUUCUACAGGAACGGCAAAUACGACCUGGACUUCAAGUCCCCCGACGACCCCUCACGCCACAUCACUGGCGAGCAACUGGGAGACCUCUACAAGAGCUUCAUCAAGGACUACCCAGUGCAGUCCAUUGAGGACCCCUUUGACCAGGACGACUGGGAACACUGGAGCCAGUUCACUGCAUCAGUGGGCAUCCAGAUUGUGGGAGACGACCUGACCGUGACCAACCCCAGACGCAUCCAGACCGCCGUGGAGAAGAAGGCCUGCAACUGCUUGCUCCUCAAAGUCAACCAGAUCGGCUCCGUCACAGAGUCCAUCCAGGCGUGCAAGCUGGCUCAGUCCAAUGGCUGGGGAGUGAUGGUCAGCCAUCGGUCAGGAGAGACAGAGGACACCUUCAUCGCUGACCUGGUUGUGGGCCUGUGCACAGGACAGAUCAAGACUGGCGCCCCCUGCAGGUCGGAGCGUCUGGCCAAAUACAACCAGAUGAUGAGGAUUGAGGAGGAGCUCGGAGACAAGGCCAAGUUUGCUGGCAAAGACUUUCGCCACCCCAAGAUCAACUAAGUGGCCAACUCCAUCAGCCCCCCCCCCCCACCCCCACCCCACCAUAGCAUGACGGAGGGUGUCAGGGGUGGCAACAACUCCUCUGACAACACCUCCCAACAGUGGUGGAGGCGUGCAGAAAGCAAAAAAAGAUACCAGGGGCUCCAUCAUUUGAUUUAAAUUUUUAAAAUAAUUUUUGAUCUUUAGAAUUUUUUAAAUCUUUAAUCUCUGUCACUCUCUGCCGCCCUCUGCUGGCAGGUCCUCUUGGUAGUGGAAUAAAAAACGGUGUAAAUCACUGCCAUUGGGGUUCAACAUAAUAUUGUCUUCGGCACCUGAACAUGCAUCCAUGCAGGGGACUAGACCACAGAAAUAACUACAGACACAUCAAAAAAGAUUAUUUAAAAUAGAUGGGUUCAAAAUUUGUCAACAAAUGUUCAGUCUGCUUACCAGAAUUCCUCUCACAUACUAUACUACUAGGCUAACAUCAUGUUGUUCCAACCUUGAGUAGACCCUGUAACUACAAAUUCAGUGAAAUAAUUAAAUAAAUCCUUUUGAUUAA